GGCGUAUAAAUUAUCAGAAAAAUAAAAGCAGAAAAAAAAAAAAAAGUUUGAAAGUGAAGAUGGGCAUCAAAGAUCUUCUCAGAUUCAUGAAACCCUUCACUGAACCAAUCCAUAUCCAGAAAUAUGCUGGCAAGCGCGUGGGUAUUGAUGCUUAUUCAUGGCUACACAAAGGAGCUUAUUCAUGUAGUAUGGAGCUGUGUCUCAAUGUGGAGGGGAAUAAGAAAUUGCAAUACUUGCAGUAUUUUAUGCACAGAAUUAAUCUGCUUCGGCAUUACACGAUAACCCCUGUUGUUGUUUUUGACGGCGGUAAUAUCCCGUGCAAGGCUGCCACCGAGCAAGAUAGGCAAAGAAAAAGAAAAGCAAAUCUUGAUUUGGCAAUGGAGAAGCUCAAAGAAGGCAAUGUUAGUGCUGCUUCUGAGCUCUUCCAGAGAUCUGUAAUUAUUACUCCAUCCAUGGCACAUCAAUUGAUUCAGAUUCUGCGAUCAGAGAACAUUGAAUUUGUAGUUGCUCCUUAUGAGGCUGAUGCACAAUUGGCAUACCUGUCAAGCCUUGGAGCAGAACAAGGUGGAAUUGUAACUGUGAUCACUGAGGAUAGUGAUCUACUGGCCUACGGUUGCCAAGCUGUUGUUUUUAAGAUGGACCGAUAUGGCAAUGGAGAAGAAAUUGUAUUGGACAGGGUGUUUGAUUCUGUGGAUCGUGCACCUUCCUUUCAAAAAUUUGAAAAAGAAUUGUUCAUAGGAAUGUGUGUGUUGGCUGGCUGUGAUUUUCUUCCAUCUGUUCCUGGAAUUGGGAUUGUACGAGCUCAUUCCUUGGUCUCCAAGUAUCGAAACUUAGACCGUGUCCUAUCCAUUCUGAAGUUUGACAAGGGCAAUCAAAUGCCAGAAGAUUAUGCAAAAUUUUUUAAAGAAGCAGUUGCAGUCUUCCAACAUGCGCGAAUAUAUGAUCCUAGAACUAAGAGGCUCAAACACAUGAAACCUAUUCCACAAAGUGUUCGGCAAUCAUUAGAUGGAGAUCUCGACUUCCUAGGGCCAGAUAUCCCUCCAUCGAUAGCAACAGCAAUUGCUGAAGGUAAGUUAGACCCUACAACCAUGGAGGCCUUCGAUCACUUCCCAAGUUCUGGAAGUUAUGUGGAUCCUACAAUAAUCCAAACAUCUGGUCGAUCUCAACAACCUAAAGAAGCUGCAGUCCCAACACAAGAGAGAUGUUUUACAGUAUUUUCCUCUUGCAAAACCAAAGAAGAAAAAACUAGAGUGAAGGAGCCGAAGCCAGCUGCAGGAGAGAGGAAAUACCUGAGCGAAGCUGUUGCUCUGGCGCAAAUGGUACUUCCAUUGGAAGGUUAUGGCCAGGUGGGGACUACAAGGGUUACCAAUGGCACCCCACUGAAAGUUCCUGACAACAAUCCAUUCAGGAAAAGAAAGCUUGUUGAAGUUCAGGUAGAUCAAACACAGAGCAUUACUGAACAAGUCUCAGGGGUAACUAAGGUUGAGAGCUUACACAAUUCGUGCAUGUCUUUGAAUUCCCAAGAAACUGUGGAUUCUACGCCCAAGAGAAGUAAUGGAAAAGAGAGGUAAAGAUGCGAAGUUGUAGAGAAUUACUAGUCAGAAUUCGGAGGGUAGCACAAAUGCAAUUCUAAUUUCUUUUCACUAGUGUAGUCCUGCACUUUCACUUUGAUUAUAAAUUAUUUCCUGUUUUGGGAAGUUUUUGCCCUUUCUGUAUACUAUCAAUUUGAUUUAACUUAAUUAAGAACCACAAAGCAAACCAAUUUGGUGAUCCA